AGGGGUUCCUGAAAGAAAAGCGACGCCUAGCAUCCCAGCGUUUAGCGUCUUACCAAAAUCGCGAAACGAGUGUUCAAUCUUCUCCUCAAUGCAACCACAUCCGGCGAAGCGAAGAACGCGGACACCGAGAUACAUUCCAAACUGCUUUUAAUGCUUCUAUGCCUACCCGCUGCCAACCGCCGUUAACUGACCCGCAAUCUCACGCCGCUGUGCCAUCGCCGUCCCAACCGCCGUGUUGUGUCGCUCCUUUUUGAGUUGAUGCAGCGCAGAGUAGGGUGAGCUUUCUAGCUGGACCGAGGAUCAAUCUAAUCAGUCGUUCUCAUUAGCACAAAAAGUAUUCCAAACGCAACAAGAAUCGUUCCAACACAUUAGCAUUAACAGUUUUUUAGCACCAAACGAGGACCUUCGCCAGACAAAAUGGCACCAACGACUACUAUCGAAACCGUUACGAUCACGCGUCCCUUGAAGGUUAUUGCCUUCAUAUGUGGAGUGAUUGUCGUCAUACUGAUGAUCCUGGCCCUCACCUCUACUGACUGGCUAAUGGCGGAAAACUGGCGCCAAGGUUUGUUUGUGCACUGCAUCGAAGAAGGGUAUCAGUCUCCGUUGCCGUUCAAUCUUCAGGAUCCGGCCGGCUGCUAUCAAAGCCGUGAUGUUGCUUACAUCAAAGCAACAGCCGCAUUAUGCAUUCUUACGCUGGUGACCGACGCCCUGGCGACUAUUCUUACCGGACUCGGACUGCGAACGCAGGACCACAACCUGAAAUACAAGUUCUACCGCAUCGCUGUGCUCAUCAUGAUGGUUGCCCUGAUAGCGUUGCUGGUUGCAUUGAUUUUGUACCCGAUUUGCUUUGCGGCAGAAUUGAAUAUCGCAAAUCGUCCAGUUUGGGAAUUCGGCUGGGCGUAUGGCGUUGGUUGGGGUGCAGCUAUUUUCCUCUUUGGUGCUGUAGUGCUGCUGCUGUGCGACAAGGAGUCGGAGGAGAUCUACUACAAGGAAAGGAAAAUUGUACACGACGCGUCGUUAAGAGACUAGGCCAGGGCACACGCUCUGCCCGACGUUGUACUUUAAACAGACAAGAGGAAAUGUGCGAAACACGCAUUCAACGAACGGUGUAGGCCGGAUUCUACCAGUGGCAGCAAAAUCAGCUGUCAAGGUCCAGCCAAAUACCGAAUCUCCUCUCAUUAAGGUUUAAAGUUGACCAGCAGUCGAUCGUCCGGAAAACGAAAAAGAAAGCUAGAUCUGACCUGACACGGCUGCUUGUUACGAUGUGACGUAGCAGCGCGAACGUGACGCGAAUUAGACGAAAAGUGUGAAGAAGAAGAAAAUGAACGACGACAAACACCGACCAGGCCGUUAUUUUUUGCGGUGUAGGCAGCAGCGGAAGAACGGCGUUGGUGAUUUUAGUGUAUGGAAUUAGAUAUUCAAAACCACACGUAGCUUCGAAUGGAAUGAAGCGCAUUAGAUGCAUAUGCAUUGCAUUCUCGCCAUAAAUCCUCCCUGCAGCAGAUUUUUAAUUAUCCCUCCCUCAUUAUUAGUGUUCUGUUAAUGCGCCGCCACAUAACUUGUAAGCAUCGGAUUAGAAAACAUAUGUGUUCGGUAUAGUACACAUACACAGCAGGCAUAAUAAUUGGACCAGACAUAACGAUUGGAAACAUAGUCCGUAGUCAAAGCAAAAAGAGUUAUGAAUUGAAAAUGUGGUCGAACUUGUACAUAAAACACUCGCGCAAGAAAAGUGUUCGGGAAGAAUUGACUGCACCCCGCAUAUAGCAUAGCUUUGCGAAAGCACAAGGCUGAUCGUUUUCUUCUAUGCAGCUAUCGAGAGGCGUUUGCAUUCUAGGAAAGGUGGAGUAAUUUGACGGUAGCAUAUAGUGUUAUAUUUGAUCAAUAACGUUGGAAUGGACAUGAUUAGAUGCAUAUUCUCUACAACAUGAACAGACCUAUUGAGCUAUGACCUUACUUUUCCUGUCCUUGUUAAGCAGGACAAACGCCCGAAACAACUCUUCUAGUAUAACAGCCACAACUUUUCUCUCUUAUUUAUUUGCCUUUUAAGCUCUCCUUUUCUGUACUCCUGACACAUGUAUUCGAAAUGUACACGAAAAUAACACGGUUUUCUUGUACUGUAACUAGCAUUGAACUUUCACACCAUACAUUUAUGUCUAUCAACACAUGUAAUAUACUAUUUAUUAAAUUUCACCAUCCCGCAUCGCUCACACCUGAUCAAACCCUUCCUUCCAGAUCUUCCUCUCUGGUCAAUCAUUUUUCAAUUGUACUAUCUAGCUUUUAUAUACACACACAUAUGAGGCGCGAAUUUAGAAUAUGAAAUCACUGCCUCUUCUCUUUUCAUAUCGGAAGAUUAUGCAUUCAGAAGGAGGUUACUCAAAUAGAAUCAAAGAAAACGCCGAAUCUCCAUUGACUUAAAAUCAAUUAAUCAUCACUUCGUGCGGUAUCACGCGCUAAAACAUGUAAGAAUUUUUAUAUUAACAUAUGCUUUGGAAAUGCAAACCGGUGCCGAGAUGUGCCAGUAUCAUCAUUUCAGAACAAACAGGAAAAGAAAUCAAGGAAUAUAAUAGUAAUAACAACAAUGCAUCAGAAUCUCUACCGGAUAAUUAUAAUUAUUAUUAAUACUCGGAGGUAAAUUACCAGAAAGUGUAACAGAUCGAACUCACAAACCUCCUCCUUCAUUGAAUUGAGUAGCGAGUAUACAUACGAUUGUCAAUUUUGUAAAUAGCCGUAAACUACUGCAUUCAUUGAUCACUACACAUGUAACCACGAAUGUUGUAAUAAAUAAGUUAAA